AUGACGAUGGAUGAAGACUGUUUACUUUCUUUGACAUAUAGUAGUGUGGACGUUAUCUACCCAUCGAUUUUGGACACCAAGUUCAGUGCGUAUGCCAACACCCGGCUUCGCUGCGACGCCAUUCUGUGUCUGGGGUUCACGAUUGCCUCUACAACGUUGAGUAGGGCGAUAUUGAAGGAGAUCCAAUGUGACACUCUAUUUUGUGAGAGAGAUGCAUGGGAGAAAGACGUUGUUUUGAAUGAGAUGCGGCGAAUCGCAUCCACGCUGGCCGGGUUUGCGAGCACUCUUCACAUGGGCAUGUGCGUGUGGCAGCCCUUGUAA